AUGUUGUUCACGACAAAAACCAAACCCUUUCUUUCAAAUUCUCCACCUUCAGUAUUUCGUUCUCUCCCGCCACAACCUUCCCUCCACCAAAUCAAGCAAACCCAUGCACAUAUCGUCGUGUCGGGCCAUGCCCGCAUCACCGUUCACCUUCUUCCUCUACUUUCUCUCACCUCACGCGUUCCCUUCCCUCUUCGAUACUCACUCUCUCUCUUCAACUCAAUCCCCUUCCCCACCGUCUUCGCCUUCAACUCCCUCAUCCGCUGCCACGCCAAAGCCAACUCUUCGCCCCCUCUCUCUCUUUCUCUCUACUCCGCAUUGCGACGCCGUUUUCUCAGCCCCAACGAGUACACCUUCACCUUCCUGCUCCAUGCCUGCUCCAAGAACUCAAAAACCAGCGUACACAACCAAUUGGGUGUUCAAAUUCAUUCACACGUGAUCAAGCUCGGUUAUGCCUGCCACGUAUUUGUCCGAAAUGCGCUGAUUCACUUGUAUUUCGAGUGUUGUGAUGCUGAUUCUUCAAAAAGGGUGUUUGAGGAAGACCCCCUUUGUAGCGACGUGGUCACGUGGAACUCCAUGUUGGCUGGUGCAGUGAGAAAUGGGGAUGUUCGGUUUGCGGAGAAGAUGUUUGCUGAAAUGCCUACAAGGGAUGUUGUGUCUUGGAGCACUAUGAUAAUGGGGUAUGUUCAAAAUGGGCUUUUUGAAGAUGGGUUGGAGUGUUUUAGAAACAUGAGGGAGAAGAGGGUGAGGCCCAAUGAAGCUAUAUUGGUUACCUUGCUUUCGGUUUCUGCUCAGUUGGGUUUGCUUUGUUACGGGAGAUUCAUUCAUUCCACCGUUGAGGCCAUGAGAUUCCCAAUAACUGUUCAUAUAGGGACUGCUUUGGUUGACAUGUAUGCAAAGUGUGGUUGCAUUGAAAAGGCCAGAAUCUUGUUUGAUGGGAUGGUGAAGAAGGAUGAGUGGACAUGGAAUGUCAUGAUCUGCGGUCUGGCUUCGCAUGAUUGCGCCAAGGAGGCACUCGCACUAUUUCAUAGGUUCAUUGAUGAAGGUUUUCGUCCUGUGAAUGUGACAUUUGUGGGUGUGCUUAAUGCUUGUAGUAGGUCUGGUUUGGUUGGUGAAGGGAAGCAAUACUUUAAGUUGAUGGUAGAUGGUUAUGGCAUUCAACCUGACAUGGAGCACUAUGGGUGCAUGGUUGAUCUCCUUGCUCAUGCCGGUUUAGUUGAUGAGGCAGUUGAGUUGAUUGAGGAAAUGGCAAUUGCGCCAGAUCCUGUUAUGUGGGCGACGCUGCUUGAUGCAUGCAGGCUUCAUGGCUUUGUGGAGAUGGGGGAGAAGAUUGGGAAUAAGUUGAUAGAGUUGGAUCCAACCCAUGAUGGGCAUUACGUGCAGUUAGCUGGAAUAUAUGCGAAAGUGAGAAAGUGGGAAGAUGUAGUUAGAAUUCGGGAGUUAAUGAGUGAGAGAAUUGCCGGCAAAGUUGCUGGUUGGAGUUUGAUUGAAGUGCAGGGUAAACUUCACCGCUUUAUUGCUGGGGACAGAGAGCAUGAAUGCUCUUCAGAUAUUUACAAAAUGCUUGAAAAACUCGGACUGAAGAUAACUGAAGCCGGUUUACUCACUGAAACGGCUUAA